AUGGGCUACAUGAGCAUUAAGAAGCACACUGAUACACAACUGAGCCUGCUUAGAGAACCCACUUUCCUCUCCAAAGCAGUUUUUGUAGGAUUCUUCAUUGGUGUUGUGGGAAUUAUUGUGUUUGGAUCAGAAUCCCUUUUCUUCAAGAUUCUGAUUGGUCUUGGCGCUACCCUCCUCAGUUUCCUUAUUGUUGAUAAUUAUGAGAUUUGUGAGUUUGAUAAAAUCACUUCUGAAGUGAGAAUAACUCGUCUUCAUUGGUGCCAGUAUCUCUUGGGCUGCUUCGGGUGCAUUGGUACGUCCCCUUAUGUUAAAGCCAGGUUAGAGGAUAUAAAGGAUGUGCGGGUUGAGGAACAAGAGGGCAACUCUUCUGGAAGAGCCUACCAUGUAGUUCUCUCCCUUCACAGUGGGAUUCAGCUGGGAGUCACCGAGAUUUUUACUACUGAUGACCUCAGCGAACAUGAGUCCACUGCCAAACUAAUCCGCUCCUUCCUUGGGGAUUUACCUCCUGUCGAGGUUGGCAAUGAGGCUGAUGUUGAGGAUGAGGACAUUUCGAGCUCAGAAGAUGAUUUUGAGCAGAUUUCUCCAGCUGAACUUGAGGACUUAAAUGAAACCGAGGAUGUCAAGGGUAACCCCUUGUUUACUGACGACAGGGAGGCGUCCGGGGAUUGCAAAGAGUUAUUGCCAGAGGAAUCGGACAAAGCAGAAGCUUGUGAAGAAAACCCUAGUUGA